AUGGAAGAGACAGGGCAGCUCAAGCGAGCCUUCAUUGAUGCUACGGCGGGUUUAAUCGCGGGUGGUAUAUCGCGAACAGUUACGUCGCCGCUCGACGUUAUUAAGAUUAGAUUCCAGGUUCAACUGGAGCCCACCACUUCGUGGGCUUUGCUUCGUAAAAAUUUGUCUCAACCGUCAAAAUAUACUGGGAUGUUGCAGGCAACAAGGGAUAUUUUCAGAGAGGAAGGCUUACCGGGCUUUUGGCGUGGCAAUGUCCCAGCUCUACUUAUGGUUAUGCCAUAUACCGCUAUACAAUUUGCUGUGUUACACCAAUUGAAAACAUUUGCUGCUGGUUCCUCCAAGACAGAGGAUCACAUAUAUUUGAGUCCUUAUUUGUCUUACAUCAGUGGAGCAUUAGCAGGUUGUGCAGCCACUGUCGGAUCAUAUCCAUUUGAUCUUCUAAGAACCUUAUUAGCUUCACAGGGCGAACCUAAGGUGUAUCCAACUAUGAGGACUGCAUUGGUGGAAAUAGUUAAAACUCGUGGAUUUCGAGGAUUGUAUGCUGGAUUGUCGCCAACACUGGUUGAGAUUAUUCCUUAUGCAGGCUUGCAAUUUGGUACAUAUGACACGUUUAAGCGCUGGACCAUGACAUGGAACCUGUAUAGAUCCUCCAAUACAAACUUACACAGUAGAGAAGAUGGUCUCUCAAGCUUUCAGCUUUUCAUCUGUGGUCUAGCAGCUGGGACAUGUGCCAAACUUGUCUGUCAUCCGCUUGAUGUGGUCAAGAAAAGAUUCCAGAUUGAAGGACUACAGAGGCACCCAAGAUACGGGGCUCGAGUAGAGCAUCGUGCUUACCGAAACAUGUUUGAUGCCUUGCGAAGAAUAUUGCAGAGGGAGGGCUGGGCUGGUCUUUAUAAGGGAAUAGUUCCAUCGACGGUCAAGGCCGCUCCUGCUGGCGCUGUAACAUUUGUGGCUUAUGAAUAUACAUCAGACUGGUUAGAGUCUGCAUUGACUUGA